GGACUCUCUUGCCUGGGCGCGAGGCAUCGAGCUAAUCUGCGUGCUGCUCUCCGCGCUUCUCGCCGCCGGCCUGCUGCCCGGCGCGUCCCCAGCGACGUGCGCCGCGCCUUUUCUCUUCGGGGUUGCCGUGCGAGUUGGCUACCCUCCGGCGGGGAAGGGCGUGGGGCAGCCCGCUCCGUCUCUGGCUGAAGGCCUCGAGGUGGUGUCGGGAAGCGAGCUCGGCGCGGCGGAUCGUGGUGGCGAGGGCGACGGCGACGGCAGCGCUGGCAGCCGGCGCGAGGGCCGUAGCCCAGUUGAGCCGUGGCAUCUCUUGCCCAAGGCUUCUCUAGCGGCCGGGAAGGUGCACGUCCUCGUCUUUUGCGGCGCGAGCCUCGGGCCGCGAAUCGUGACGGCGCUGCGCCGCGUGCAGGCGGCGUACGUGAGCUCGCGCGCCCUCCCCGUCUCGUUCUUGCUCAUCUCGCGCGCCUCCGCCGACGAGGUCGGCGCCGGCGCCCCCAUCGCCCGCGACGCCACGGGGGCGACGUCGGACUCGUACCUCUCCGCCUUUUGCGGGCGGCUGCUCCGGCCGGUCCCUCACGCGUUUGUCGUGGGCGCCGACGGCGCCAUCGCGUGGCACGGCCACUCGAGCCGCCGCCAAUUCACGCUGGCCCUCAGCGCGGCGCUGCGGCGUGCGGCCGGGCUUGGCGCAGAGGGCGACGGCGGCGAGGCGGCGGCGGACGGCUCCGCCGAGAAAAAGAAGGCGGAAUGAGUCCCCCGCACCUGUGCUUGCAGAUUGGGGACGGCAUGGCGCUGUGCAGGGUGGUCCGCGCCGACACCAUGUUUUGUGGACGCGUGAUCGACGUUGUCGGAGAGCGCGCGCCGCGGGGAGGGGCCAAUAUGGGUGUAUGCUUGAAAUGUACCGCUGACCUAUUCG